AUGAAACCGUCCGGGCAGAACGGCAUAACAAGACAGCAGUGCCAGUCUCUGAGCCAAGAAGCUUGCGACGACUAUAUGCCAAAACGACGAACAGUACUCGAGUUUCACGAGUUGGUCCCCCAUAUUCUAGCUGUGCUACCUUUCGAACCGACAUCCCCUUCAGGAACCCCAAUCGCCAUGCCAUCCCAAGCCUGGACCUCCUGGGGGACCGCGUGGCCUGGGAAGACAGAGUCCGACGAACUUGAGGAGCAGGACUGGCCGCCUUUUAUCAACUUUAACGGCGAAUCCCAGGCUAUCGAUCCCGCGUUAUUCGGCUUACCCAGCGACAUUCAACUAGCACCCGAGGCCGUGGAUAACCAGGACCCUAUGAACCCAGGACUGUUAUUGAAGGAAGAUCCCAUUUCAGAUGUAGAGACGAACCAAUUUCAGUCAUCUUCCUGUCCUUCAACCCAAAGCUACAUCCAAACCCAGCCUAUCCCCAGUGUUGGUGGAGCCGCACCUCUUCGCGGCAGUAUCGGUGCGUACUGCACCAGCCCUGCGCUAAACUCCGCUCCGAUCUCGAACGUCACCACUAACAUAUCCGACAGUACCCUCUCGCUUGGGACGCCGUGGGAUACUCUUGACCUCCCCAGCAUGCCCACGUCCGACGCUCUAGAUUUACUCGAAACCCAGUACACGCUACCUCUUGUUGGCAAUGACCCUGCGACGCCAUUCUCUCUCCGGCGCGUCCAGUCUGCCGAGCUAGGCCUGAGUGCGCUGGCUGAUCGACUUAUUGCCGGCGGCCAACCCGACCAGGCCGGUCAAGCCUGGCAGCAGCCCGCUUUCACAUCUGCUCCCUCGGCAACCCCGCAAGAGCUACCUGGACGCCUUCCAACCAUGAGCCCCGCUAGCUUCUCUGGCCGGAGGAGCAGUGUCUUUUCGCGUGAUCAGACGACAACACCCCAGGCCCAUGAUCACAUGUAUAGGCAACUAUCCCAGCCCCUAGGAGCGUGGGGCCCGCCUGGCCAGCCUGAUCUCUUCACCUAUACUAAAUACGGUGAGUGGAGCCCCUGGAUACGUUUGAACAGAAAGGACGCCGCGUACUACAUGACCAAUUUGACCAAGUCCCAAGCCCCCAAUAACACGAUCAAGAAGCCUUUCUACCGGGUGGCAUUCGACGAGUGGCCUCGAGAAACCGGGCACGUCCGUGAUCCAUUCCAUAACGCAGGGUACAUGCAUCUCUACUGCUUCGAGAGGCUAUUUGACCUCUUUGAGAUUGUGGAGCUCGGCUGGGCGGACGCCGACGUGCGAAAUUUUCCCUUGGAGGAACGCAAUCACACGGCCCUUACCUUUGACUUUGCAGAGCUUAAAGAUGCGUAUCAAAUCUGGUUUGAGAACCAGCGUGUGGUCUAUCACCAGCAUCUAGUUCAAGUCUGCGGGGGCCGUCGAGGAGCCCAGCGCCGCACCAUCCAAGAGUCCGAUCGGCUGUGGUCGGCGUGGAAAAAGGUCGGGGGCAACUCGCCUCUCAUGCAUCGGGGCAAUCUUAAGAGAAGCAUCGAGUUUGACCAGAGGCGCCUUGCGGAAAAGAGGAUCGCACGGUGUCUUGUCGAGGAAGAGGAGGAGGAGGAUGCAUUGGGGGAGAUCGUCGUCAAUACCGACUCCGACAUGUUUGAAAUUAGGGUCGCGGGUCUCGCGCAGCGUGGAUUCCAUCCUCCGGAAGCCUAA